AACACUGCCACCGCCGCCGACUUUCCAACACCAAAACAAGCAGUCAACAAAUUUUAAUUUUAUCUUAGAAACUAAAUGAAUUACUGACUUAAAGCGGCGUAAAGAAAUGGCACAAACGCAACCCCCAGCAGCCAAGCGGGUGAAGCUGGAGAAGAAGCCGGCAAAUCUGGUCGAGGAUGAUGAGACACCCUCCGUGUUCAAUCCCAAGUACAGGGUGUGUCCCUACCUGGACACCAUCAACCGCAACCUGCUGGACUUUGAUUUCGAGAAGCUGUGCUCCAUUUCGCUGACCAGGAUCAAUGUGUACGCGUGCCUGGUGUGCGGCAAGUACUUUCAGGGGCGUGGCACCAACACCCACGCCUACACGCACUCCGUGGGCGAGGCGCACCACGUGUUCCUCAAUCUGCACACGCUGCGCUUCUACUGCCUGCCGGAUAACUAUGAGAUCAUCGACUCCUCGCUGGACGACAUCAAGUACGUGCUCAAUCCGACGUUCACGCGCCAGGAGAUCAGCAAGCUGGACCAGCUGCAGCCGAAGCAUUCGCGCACCGUGGACGGAGUGCUCUAUUUGCCCGGCGUCGUGGGUCUGAACAACAUCAAGGCCAACGACUACUGCAAUGUGGUGCUGCACGCCCUCUCGCACGUCGGUCCACUGCGGGACUAUUUCCUGCGGGAGCAGAGCUAUGCGCAUGUCAAGCGGCCACCGGGCGACUCCAUGUUCACGCUGGUCCAGCGCUUCGGGGAGCUGAUGCGCAAGAUGUGGAAUCCCCGCAAUUUCAAGGCCCAUGUAUCGCCGCACGAAAUGCUACAGGCGGUGGUGCUGUGGUCCAGCAAGCGGUUCCAGAUCACCGAGCAGGGCGAUCCCAUCGAUUUCCUGUCCUGGUUCCUCAACACGCUGCAUCGCGCCUUGAAGGGCAACAAGCAGCCCAACUCGUCCAUACUCUACAAGAUCUUUCUGGGCGAGAUGCAGAUCUAUACGCGCAAAAUACCACCCGUGGAGCUGGACGACACGGCCAAGGCGCAGCUGCUGGCCACCGACGAGUACAAAGACCAGGUGGAGCACACCAAUUUCAUCUACCUCACCUGCGAUCUGCCGCCGCCGCCGCUGUUCACCGACGAGUUUCGCGAGAACAUCAUUCCGCAGGUGAAUCUCUACCAGCUGCUGGGCAAGUUCAAUGGCAGCGCGGAGAAGGAGUACAAGACCUACAAGGACAACUUCAUGAAGCGCUUCGAGAUCACCCGCCUGCCGCAGUUCAUCAUUCUGUACAUCAAGCGGUUCACCAAGAACACCUUCUUCCUGGAGAAGAAUCCCACCAUCGUGAACUUCCCCAUCAAGAACGUGGACUUUGGCGACAUUCUGGGCAUGCGGCAGCGCGAUAAGGAUGUCAAGGACACCAAGUACAAUCUGGUGGCCAACAUUGUGCACGAUGGUGAUCCCAAGAAGGGCACCUAUCGCGCCCACAUCCUGCACAAGGCCAACGGCCAGUGGUACGAGAUGCAGGACCUGCAUGUCACCGAGAUCCUGCCCCAGAUGAUCACCCUCACCGAGUCCUACAUCCAGAUCUACGAACGCUGUGCGGACUCCUCGUGAUCCCCCUGACUUUUAGUAACUGCUAGCUGUAUUUCGAUAAACAAACUCCCUGAUCCAAAACCAAUAUAUGCCGUAGUCGAGCGUAGCGACUAUGAGAGGCCCUCAAAUAGGACAACCACUCAA